AUGCAGAUCCAAACACUGCGACAGUCAUCUUCUGACAAGUUUUCAAUGUCAAACAUACUGUGCCUUGUCCUCUUUGCAGCUGUCCUUAUAGUCUUCGCCGGAGCUCACAGAAUUACAGUGAGGGGUACUUUCUACUGUGAUAAAAAUCCUAAUGCUGUGGUGCUUCUCGAGCUGAGGGAAAAAGAUAUUCUCGAGGAGGAUCUGCUCAAUUGGAAACUUGUGGACGGCAAUGGAGAUUUCGAAAUUGAUGGGCAUGAUGAUGAAUUGUUCAGUUUUCAGCCCUACCUCAGGAUUCGCCACAACUGCAAUUCCGAGCCAAUGGAAUUUAUCCGUAGCUUCGGAGUUCGAAGAGGCGCUGUAACUGUAGAUUUGGAACAAGUGCAUCUUGAAGAGGAAGAAGAUUAGCUCUGCGUACAAGCUGUGAUUCAUUUGCCAAUAAAAAUUAUAGUUAUAGUAAGAAGUAAUGUGCUCGUUAUGCAUGUUUCCCCUCUAUCCCUGUGCACAUUACUUAGUUACCCCCAUGGCUUUUCGAGAAGCUCAGCACUAACGCCAAAACUUUCCUGAAUUUUUCAAAAUCUUUAUCCUGAAAUUUGAAGAGCGGUAGCUGUUAUGUAGAGCAAACCUUUGCUUCAUCACACCCAUUUUAGUUUGCGUUUAUCAUGUUUAUUAAAUCUGUAAUAACUGAUUAUUUGAAAAAAAUCGCUUUUUUUACCACGUUUAGCAUGUGAGAG